UGAUAAAUCGCAUCACUGCAAUAAGCAGAGCCGAGCCUCAUGGCGAUGAAGAACCUGAAGAUGGUAGAAAGUCAGUUGUAUGUACAGGCCACAGGGUAGGCUUGAAAAGAACGCUAACCAUUCCUGGGAAUUCGCCACAGAAUAGAUGAAUGAAUCCUGGUGCUUAUCUCGCGGCAAAUACCUUCCCUGUUAGAUCUAGCCUCGUCUGGAUAUUAUUCUUCCCUAUUGUGUGCAGCUGCUGCGGUGGAGGCUAUAAUCAUGGAUGCCCGAUGCCGUCGCCAAUCAACACCCCGCGCCUUUUUAGCUACAGCCAAUGUCCGAAUCAGAGGACAGCAUCGCCAGACCAGACCCCUCCAUUCAGCUGAACAUGGUUUCUGAACCCAAAAAAGCAUCAGAAA